UCUCAUCUGGUCUCCAUCCCGCCUGCAGUUGCCUCCGCUGCAGGAUCGAUCAGUGAGCUGCCCUACCUUCUUUUGGCCGGUCCCAUCCCUCCUUCCGCCGUUGCCCUGGUUUUUGGUACACGAAACUCAUUGCCACAAUACCCGCCCGAGUACGACAACCAUCAUAAAACAUACGACGGGGUCUAUAAUAGAUAAUGGCUUCUUCUUCGCGGUCCGAUCACCAUAUCAACAAGGAGUACUUGCCUCAGAUUCCCUCGCAUCCGCCACGCUCAGGCACAUCCUCAACGGGGACCACGUCACCCAUCGAACCGCCGUUGAGCGCUUCUCACCGCUUCGGUCUACCAUCGCCGAGUAACGCGCCUGCUCUCUCGAGUGCUCUCGCGAAUGCUAGACUGGGUGCAGGGUCCCCCUCGCAUGAUUAUGGCAGCAGACUAUUCCCCAAACGAACUCGCGAACUCCAAGCGCAAGAAGGCUUGAGCCCUCCAGUCUGGGGCCCUCCCACCAGCGGCCACUCGACGCCCCUCCGAGAAACCAUCCUAGAGUCGCCCAACGCCGAGAGCUUCCCGGAUUUCAAUCAAGGCAUGCCAGAGACACUCUCCGCCCCAUCGACGGGUGUGCGGAGAACCAGGGCUGGUACUUUGCCAUCACGCUUCUCUUCUUCACCGGCCUCUGGCCCUGGCCUACCAUCGAUGCCGUCGUCUUCCCUCAUUCCCAAGAAUGGCCGGCCCAGCCCUCCUGCCAUAGCCCCUUAUGUGAACAGGUCAACCGAGCUGCCGCCAAUCGGCAAUGCGACGAUCGGUACGAGGAACUUGGACAGCGCGAGUACGGGCACACCUAACCGUAUCCGUGCGGGAUCAAUGCCUCAGCGAGCCCCCUUUGCGCCGUCCUCUCUAGGCAGAGUAAUGUUCUCGGGUUGGAGCAACAGCCGUGAUAGGAGUAGUACUCUCCACAGCAUCCAGUCGCAAUCGUCCAACGGCCCCGACUCGCCUGUCAAUAUCCGCGAUUCGCUUGCGGAUACAGAUGCUUCCAAAACACUGGAUUAUUUGGGCCUCGUUGACACCCCGAAACCCGGUCAAGCCACGAUUGCCCCUUCGCCAAUAGAGUUCCUACUCGACCAGCGCAAUACAACCAACGAUCUCUACAAUUCAAACGCGAAUCGAUUUCGCUCUUACUCAGUCAAUGCCACGCAACGGUAUGGAGCCGAUGAGGAUGAAGACAGGUUGGCCGCUGCAAACUAUAGUGGAACUUUGACUCCUUCGACAGAUCCCCGGAUAAUUGAAUUGCAAGAGCAAGUUCGACGCCACAACAUGGAUGUUCAGCUCUUCAACCUUGCUAUCAACAAUGGCAGCAACCGUCCACGUGCACGGACCAUCGGCGUAGAUUCGCCUUCCCAUCUCAUGCGCAGUUUCCAUCACACUCCAUCCCGUCUGGAUAACAGCCUGGCUGCCGCGGAUUUACCCGAAGAGGUGGAGUAUCAACUGACGGAAGCUGUCCAUGGCCUGAACUUGGGAGAUGAAGGAAGUCUGGAAGGCCCAACCAAAGCUCUCUGGCUAGGCAACAUCCCUAAUUCUACCACGGAUUCGUCGUUGAAGCAGAUCUUCAUCCAAUUUGGGCCCAUCGAAUCCACACGGGUGCUCACUCACAAGAAUUGCGGCUUCAUCAAUUUCGCGAGCGUAGAAAGCGCAGUCCAAGCGAGGGCAACAUAUAACGGGAAAGAGAUAUUUCCUGGUGCCGGUCCCGUUCGUAUCAACUUCGCUAAACCCCAUAGUGCGACAGCUACCCCGGGACACAGCGGGGUCCAACCAUCUCCAAGCCCAGAUCCCAACGCAAAAGGCACGGGUGAGGGAGCCGCUGGGGCGGAAAGCACUCUUGGGGCGCAAGGCGCACCUGACGCUGGAAGCGCCGCGCUCCAAACUCCUAAGCUUACAGAGGUCCGCGAUGACAUUCUCCAGAUUGUAGAGGAUCUGGGCGCCACGGCAGAGGAGAGCAAGAAAAUCGCCGUGUUGGUUGAUUGCGCGAUCCAGUACAAUGGCUAUAUCGAUGAGGUGCCCCCGAUCGAGGAGCCCAGCCACAACAGAGUGCAUGACGCGCCCAAACUUCGCGAAAUCCGUAAGAGAAUUGAGGGGAAUCACUGCCCCCCGGCUGAGGUCGAAGAGAUUGCCAUGAACAUGUUGCCUGAGAUUGCCGAGCUCUCUUCAGACUACCUGGGAAACACUGUGGUACAGCGAUUGUUCGAGCAGUGCUCUGAAUCGACCAAGAUCGCCAUGUUCGAACAGAUUGGGCCUCAUCUUGCCAAGAUUGGCAUGCACAAGAACGGAACCUGGGCAGCCCAGAAGAUCAUUGAUGUGGCCCGUACCUCUCCCACGCUGCAGGAGAUGAUUGUGCAGGCCCUCAAGCCAUAUUCUGCUGCGCUUUUCUUCGACCAAUAUGGAAACUACGUCAUGCAAGGGUGUCUGAAGUAUCGCCCAGCCUUCACCAACUUCGUUUUUGAAGCUAUGCUCGCCCGCCUGUGGGAUCUUGCGCAGGGCCGUUUCAGCUCCCGAGCAAUGCGUGCCUGUCUGGAAAGCCGCGACGCAGGUGUAACCGAGGAUCAAAAACGCAUGAUAGCCGCCGCCAUUGCAGUCCACAGUGUCCAGCUGGCGACCAAUAGCAAUGGCGCCCUGCUCUUGACAUGGUUCCUCGAUAGCUGCAACUUCCCCAAGAAACGCACAGUUCUGGCUCCCCGUCUUGUGCCGCAUCUCGUCCACUUGGCCACCAACAAGGUAGCCUCCACUACCGUGCAGAAGCUUGUCAACCAGCGGCAUGAGGCUGAGGCGCGCGAGGUCAUCCUCAAAGCUCUGCUCUUCUCCCCCAACGAUCAGGUGCUCGAAAACAUUCUCCGCGACGUCAGCACAGGCGCUGCCUUUAUUUUCAAGGUCCUUACCACUCCCACGUUCGACGAGAAAUUCCGCGCAGAGGCUUACCAAAAUGUGCGCAAUGUCCUGCUUCGCAUCAAGGCGCAACCGAAUCAGGGCUAUAAACGCUUGAUGGAUGAAGUUAGUCUUCCCACUCGAGGCAGCGGAUCCGCGCACCGUGAUCAUUCUGCGUCUCGUCCGGCAUCUUCCAGGCAUAGUCCAGUACCUGGCCAAGCGGGUGUCAACGGCAGACCUCUUUAUCCGAGUGUCGCCAACCCCGUGUAUGCGCCUAUUGACAUGCAACGUGCUGGUAGUGUGGAUUCUAAUGGGUACGACCUCCUCCCCCUUCAGAUGGCGGCUGGACCCGCACCUGUGUACGUGCCGAGCAUGGCCGUUCCUGCAAACCCUCAACAACUCCAAUAUCAGCAAAUGCUUGCUGGACAGAGGGGGAUGGGAUAUUAUGGGCCUGUGGUUGGACAAGUCGCCGGCAUGGAGCCGUAUAGGAGUGCUCCCAUUGCAGCUCCUGCGUUUGGAGGCAUCGCACCGUUGCUCCAGUCGAACGGGCUUGGACAGGGCAUGGCACCUGCCAUGGGACAGCCGCCGUAUCCCUAUGGCGUCUACGUCGCACCGCAAGCGCCAGCCGCAAAUGGCAAUUCAAGGCGCGGAAGGAGAUGAAUUUUUCGCACAGCCGAUGAAUUUCGCUACCUAGGAACAAGGGAGCAGGCCUGCCUUGCCUCGGAAAAUUUACGAAGUGCAUGUCAUUUUCUUGAUGAUCUGUAUCGAUCUUGGAUGCCGUUCGGGUUAUCAAUCUUGUUGGCCCGAUUGUGCAACAUUUUACCUUCAUGUAUCCACUUUUGGCGUCUUUUGUGUGGUUUGUCUGCUUGCAUGUAUCAUCAGUCCUCUCUGUCCAUGGAGA